GCAGAGCUCUUCCACAGAUCACAGCCGCAGGGCUCCCACCACAGUUUAGGGGGAAAAUCUUACACAGAAAUAUAUACAAGAGGACAACAGACAGAAGACAAAAGACAAGGCAAAGAGGACGACAAGACAAGAAAAGAAGUGAUCGCACAAACUGGCAGAGGAGGAGCCGCUUGAAGGACCUCAUGAUGUCACAUGGCAAAAACUGCUGAAGCAGAUUCUCCUUUGUAAUAAGGAUCACAUCCCACAAUAGAAGAAGUUCAAACAUUUCUUGAGAUAUAUUGAAGAAAUCCUGCUCAUCUGCCCCUCCAUCCACCUCAGGAUGGCUGGCUGUACCAGCCGCUGCAGACAGGGGGUGCUCAAAUUGAUCCAGUCCCUGCAGAGAUUGGUCUCAGGAACACUCACAAAAGAUAAAACAGACGAUGAGCUUGAGAUGACGAUGGUGUGCCACAGGCCGGAAGGACUUGAGCAACUGGAAGCCCAGACAAACUUCACCAAACAGGAGCUGCAGAUCCUCUAUCGUGGUUUUAAGAAUGAAUGUCCAAGUGGAGUCGUAAAUGAGGAGACAUUUAAACACAUUUAUGCACAGUUCUUUCCUCAUGGAGAUGCAAGCAUGUAUGCACAUUAUCUGUUCAACGCAUUCGACACUACAAACAACGGUUCCAUUAAGUUUAAGGACUUUGUAAUGGGGCUGUCUAUUCUGCUGAGGGGAACACUGAGGGAAAAGCUGGAGUGGACGUUUCACCUGUAUGACAUCAACAGAGAUGGAUACAUAAACAGAGAGGAAAUGACUGAGAUUGUGAGGGCCAUAUAUGACAUGAUGGGCAAGUAUACCUACCCCGCACUGAAGGGAGACGUUCCACAGCAGCACGUGGAUGCCUUUUUCAGAAAAUGGAUAAGAACAAAGAUGGUGUGGUGACUUUGGAGGAGUUCAUUGUAGCCUGCCAAGAGGAUGAAACUAUGAUGAGAUCCAUGCAGCUGUUUGAAAACGUGAUGUAGAACAAGUGGAGAAGAUGGAGACAACUACAUGGAAAAAUGAGAGGGCUGAAUGUGAGUGCGUGUGUGUGGAUGCAUAUGUGCAAUACAUCCAGUCUCUCCUCCUCCUCCCGUUUUAUCCAGCUGUGGUCAGGAUAUAGCCUGAACCCCCCACAACGGCUUGAAUGAAGGAAAUGGACUGGAAUGCUUUUAGUGUUCCUUCCGAGUUUUGCCGCACAACACGAAGUGACUGAUGUGACAGACUUGGAUGUUAACGCAUCCCUCUCAGUCCUGUCAUGAAGAUUGGCCUGUUAAAGAUAAAGAUGUUCAUCCAUUACAAGGCUGCUCCCGACCAAUGAAGAGCGAUGUGCUCAACAAGCUGAGUUUUUUUUUGUUUGUUUGUUUUUUUUUGCCAAAAGAUGUUCUGUUUUUUUGCCAAAAUGUGAUUGCAUGCUUGAUUUAUCUCCAAACCUUUGUUAGAUUUGUUAUGGGAAUUUAGCCAUAAGUAAAUCUAUAUUUGUCUCAUGCUUUUUGUGGUUGACAGAUAUGAGAUAUUCCAAAUGUUGUACGUUGGUUUCACUGAUGCAGUGACCUCUGUAUUUUUGUGCUGACCUGGAUGUUGCUUUGUGUGCUGAGUCUGUCUUAUGCUCGUCUGUCUAAAGCUAGAAGUCAAAUGUUUUUAAAGCAGCACAUUUCCUGGGUCUCAUGUGGUGUGUUUGUGUGCGUAUGUGUGUGUUUUUUUCUAGGCUUUAGUGAAAUGAAAGAAACACUUGGGUUUUUUUUUUAAUAUUUUCACCUGCUGCUUUACUGCUUGUGGUCAAAUUUGUGUAUUAUCAAAAGUGUUUAAAAGAAAAAGUGUGGGGAAAAAUAAAUUUUAGUCAUAAUUAUGAAGUGCCCACAAAACAACAAUGUUAAAGAAGGGGCUUCUGAUCAUAAAAAAAACAAGAUCUUUAUUUGCACAGGUGACAGGUAAUUGAGGUGUGACUCUCAGAUGGCAACAGCGACGGCACAGAAGUAUGUUUAUCUUGUUAGCAGGCGUGCCAGAAAGAGUGAGAUGUGUGCUGUUGGUCCAUUCUAGCAAAUAACUGAGAAAGCUUCUGAUAAUCUUGCAGGGAAAUACCGCUGAAUGUCAGCUUUGGAAUGUGAUGUGACACGGAGGACAGCUCCGUUUGUAAUAAUGAGCAUUUGGCACUGUGUCCUCCAUCCAAGUGAGUACAGUGAUGUCACACUGACGUACGUGGUACACAAAAAUGGGGGUAGCUUCUGCAGCAGUCGCCCGCUGAAGGUUUCUUGUGAGUCACGGUGUGUUUAAAAGCACCACCAUAAUAGAAAGCUCUACCAGGCUAUCGCAGUUUAAGCACUAAAAUAUUAAUCGCUGUUCUUUUUUGCAGUCAGUGGAGCAGCUUUUUGCUGUACCGUGCGCCCGUGUGACAUCGCAGCCUCGGGUCUCGGAUAUCUUACUUUGGAACUGAGUUGUUAAAUUUCACAAACCGAUUCAUCCU